ACAACCUCACUUUUGGCGUCUGCGUGAGGUUGAAGUCGGCUGGCUAUGGGGAGUCCGCACAGUGGUCGGCUAGGGCAGAGUAGGAAGAUACUUCGGCUAGGUCGGCAAUGGGGAGGAGAGAUCGGGUGAGGUUCGGGUCAGCUUCAGUAGUGAAGAAGAGGGAUAUGGAGGUAGCUCGCACGAAGAGGCGUCAGCUAUGGAUGGAUCGGAGAGGGCAGGAGGAGUCGGCUCGAUGAGUUUGUGGUUUGAUCGACUGGUUGUAGGGAUUCCGACUUCAAAGUUCGAUUACAGGAGUCGGGUGAGACUUUGAAUGGAGAAGGUCGGCUAUGGGAGAUUGAAGCCAUCGGUGUUGAAGAAGCUCGGUUGGUUGGGGUGUGGAGGUUUAUAUGGGUUCGUGUAUAAGAGGUUUGGUCGGAGAAGCAGAACUUCUCGGUUGGGUCGGCUGCAGCAUCUAGCGAAUAGAAGAGGAGUUUCGGCUUAGUGGAGGACUGGGUCGGAACACCUAUUCGCAGACGGGAGCUUGCGGGAAAAAGUCGGAGCUUCCGAUUGGGUUCGGUGGAGCUAGCCGCGGGGAGGGAGGAAGGAGUCGGGAUCUCUGCGUGUUGUGGGAGAAGCGAAGCAGCCUGAAUGAAGGGCUUUCCAUCUCGUUUUAACGACGCUGGCCGGGAUGCGAUCGAGAUGAGCUACAGUGCGAGAAAUCCGGAAGCGAUCGCGGAGCAGAGCAGGUACGCAGGAUUUUUGGGCGGGAUUCGCGGAUUCAACGGAUACGAGAACACCCAGAUGUGAUAUCCGUGUUCCCAAACCAGCUCAAGCAACUGCAUACAACAAGAACUUGGGAUUUUGUUGGGCUGGAGAGAAAUGGAAUUGUUCCUCCAGAUUCUAUCUGGACAAAGGCAAAUUAUGGAAAAGAUGUAAUAAUUGCUCAUCUUGACACAGGUGUGUGGCCUGAAUCUGCAAGUUUUUCUGACGAUGGAAUGGGAGAAAUCCCAGGUAAAUGGAAAGGAUCCUGUCAUAAAUCUGGGGUUGUCUGCAACAGAAAACUGAUAGGUGCAAAAUACUUUAACAAGGGCUAUAAAUCAGUAGUAGGCAUAACGCCCAAUGGCACAACAAGGGACACUGAUGGCCAUGGAACACACACCCUCUCCACAGCAGGCGGUAAUUUUGUGCCCAAUGCUAGCUUGUUUGGCUUUGCCAAUGGCACGGCCAAGGGUGGCUCACCUGCAGCUCGUGUGGCUUCCUAUAAAGUUUGCUGGCCCUUGGGUUGCACUGAUUCCGACAUCCUGGCUGCCUUUGAUGAGGCCAUCCAUGACGGCGUCGACGUGCUCUCAGUUUCGCUUGGUGGUUUUUCCUUCGACUACUUCAGCAAUUCAAUUGCUUUGGCGUCUUUCCACGCUAUGCUAAAUGGCAUUGCUGUGGUUUGUUCUGCUGGGAAUUAUGGUCCUUUUAAUGGCUUAGUUGAAAAUUCUGCACCAUGGGUGACAACAGUGGCAGCCAGCUCACUUGACAGAGAUUUAACCAACAUUGUCACUCUUAGCAAUAAGAAGCACAUUUUGGGAAAGAGCAGGACUGUUUGGGAACUGCCAUCAAAAAAGCUUUAUCCUUUGAUCAACUCAUUUGACGCCAAGGCUGACAAUGUCUCUAUACAUAAAGCACGGUUAUGUCACCGGGGUGCUCUCAAUCCUUUGAAGGUGAAGGGAAAGAUAGUCAUUUGUCUUCGAGGAAGCAUUGACAGGUUAGGAAAAGCCUUAGCUGUUCACAGUGCAGGAGGUGUGGGUAUGAUUCAUGUCAAUGAUGUUGAUGGUGUAGAUGUAUUGGUUGCUGACCCUUAUAUCAUCCCAGCUACAAUGAUCAGUCAUAAGGACGGUCUUCGUCUCCAGUCUUAUUUGAAUUCCAGCAAAUUGCUUCGAGGAACAAUUUCCGCUGGAAAAACUGUAAUAGGACUUAAACCAGCGCCUACAGUAGCGGAUUUCUCAUCUCGGGGACCCAAUCAUAUAACUCCCCAGGUUUUGAAGCCAGAUAUCUCUGCACCAGGAGUUAAUGUUCUAGCAUCCUACACUGAAGCUAUACCCAUCUCUCCAUCAAAAUACGACACCAGGCGAUGGCCAUUUAACCUCUUGUCUGGAACAUCAAUGUCAUGUCCUCAUGUAGCUGGCAUCGUAGGACUCCUCAGAAAAAUUUACCCUCAGUGGAGCCCAGCUGCAAUUAGAUCAGCCAUCAUGACAACAGCGAGAACCAGGGACAACAAUGGAGAGCCAAUCAAAGUUGAACGCACUCGAAGAAAAGCCACACCAUUUGCCUAUGGAAGUGGAUACAUACAACCAAACGAUGCCAUGGAUCCAGGACUUGUCUAUGAUUUGGGCAUUGAUGAUUAUAUGGACUUUUUAUGUGCUUUAGGAUAUAACUCGACGCAACUCGAGAAGUUAUUAGGGAAGCCUUACAAAUGUCCUAUAAAGAAGACGCUGAUGGAGAAUUUGAAUUACCCCUCCUUUGCGAUUCCUAGCCUCAACAAGACGAUGACCGUUACCCGCACUGUGAAGAACGUUGGUUCACCCGGAACUUACACUGCGAGGAUCAGAGCUCCUGGAGGUAUAUUGGUUUCAGUGGAACCUCAAGUCCUGCAAUUCAAGGAGAUUGGGGAGGAGAAGGAGUUUAAGGUACGCUUUGAGUCUACUGAAGGAAGGGUAGGAAAAGGAUAUUCAUUUGGCGUACUCAUUUGGUCAGAUGGGAAGCACUAUGUCAGAAGUCCCAUGGCUGUGAAAGCAAACUCAUGAGCUUUUGGUAUCCAAAUAGUUUUUUUAUUAUCAAAGUUUAUGUUGUAAGUUUAGUAGCAUUUGUUCAGGAAAUAAAUUGCACCACUUGUGUAUGGUAGGCUUCAUUGCAUUGGAUUGAAAGCUUGUUUAUCUUUUUAUUCAAUUGUCAUGUUUAUAGGCUUUAACGUCUUGUUUGAGAUAGUGGUGGAAGCUUUAUGUCUUUAUUUAGAUUAUCAUUUGUGUUUUUUCAAGAAUUUCACUGUAGUUUGUUCACAUUCAACCUGGAAACUUGCUUGUGGGUUUAA